AUGAGUCUCCUGGAAACACGGCUGCUCAUAAUACGGGAUCGCACAAGACGUGAACUCUGGAACACAAGUGCCCAUGCACCUACGAAAAUUGCCGAAGACAACAGUAAGAACGCCUUAUGUGAUGAACUCAAUGCACCGAUGUUUAAAAUACCCAACCAGCAUGUAGUCAUUGUCGGAGUCGACGCGAAUGCAAAGAUGGGACUCGAACGACGAUCCGUUGUCAUUACCGCAGUAGAUAGUGUAGUCUCUGAUAUUAAUGACGGGCCGAUUUCUGACGCAGCAAACGGCACACAGAGAAGCCUAGACAAGGCGGAGUUGGCUAGAUCGAACAAGUACAGAACUAUGGAUGACUCGUCACUAAUGCCCGACCUUUCUCAUCUCUCUGCUGAGGAAAGAGAAAUUAUUGAGCAAGUGUUCAAGCGACAAAAGGAUGAAGAGGCAAAGGAAGUUCAGCUCACACUGUAG